UGCCUUCACACAUCAAUGGAAAGAAAAUGGGACCCAUUUGGAUUAUGGCUCCGGAUUUAUAUUGGAUUCAUUUGUCUGUGGGGAACUCGACAGUGUUGGUCUCUGAAUGAUGAAGGAUUAGCUUUGUUGAAAUUUCGGGUAAGAAUAACUUCUGAUCCUUAUGGUGCUCUGGCAAAUUGGAAUCCAAAUGAUUGCAAUCCUUGCAAGUGGUUGGGUGUUCAUUGUGUUGAUGGUAAAGUUCAGAUGCUGGACCUAAAUGGUCUAUCUUUGGAAGGGACAUUGGCUCCUGAGCUUGGGAAACUUGGUCACUUAAAAUCUCUUGUGUUAUGCAAGAACAAUUUUUCUGGCACCAUUCCCAAAGAACUUGGAGAUCUAGACAUGCUGGAGUUAUUGGAUUUAAGGGAGAAUAACUUGACUGGAAGUAUUCCAGCAGAGAUUGGCAGGUUGUUGUUGUUAAAACAAUUGUUGGUUUCUGGCAAUAAAAUUGAAGGAAGUGAUUCGCAAGAGCUCGGAUUGCCCUCUAAAUCACCAUUUGUUGACUAUUGUUCAUCUUCUCUUGCAACUUUAUUUCUCCGCAAGAAUAGAAAGUUUGCCCACUGUUUGUGGCAUAAAGAUUUCAAGCAAUGGAAUAGAGCAGAUUCAUUGGUUAUCCCAAUUAAAAAAUACCUUAAUACCAUCGCACGGUCACUGUUCAAGCUAGGAAAGGAUGCCCCUCAUGGCUAUGAGGAGAAUUACUGUGACAAUCUGCCUAGUUCCAAAGAGCCAGAGAUUGGCCAGGAUUUAUCAAAUCUAGUCAAUUCUGCACGUCGCAAGUUACUCGAUCAGUCCAGUAACCUCGCAGCUGCACCUUUUACUGGUGGGCCUACUAUACAGAUCAGUUCUCUUCCAAUUAGCGUGAGUAGUGGAGCUUUCCCAGCUGUGCCAGAUCCCAAUAAGAAACAAAAUCAGUCACCUGCACCACUGCCUUCACCUUCUGAUUCUCCACAUGAUAAAACAAGUCAACAAAGUUCAGCUAAUGGUGCUUCUGGAAAAUUGUGGAAGUAUAUUUUUAUUAUCUUGGGUGUGGCUGUCUUGGUCAUUGUUGUUGUCAUCAUGCUUUGCAUUUGGCGAAAACGAGCAGUAAAAGUAAUAAAGCCUUGGAAGACAGGAAUAAGUGGACAGUUGCAGAAAGCAUUUGUAACAGGGGUCCCCAAGUUGAAUCGAUCAGAGCUGGAGACAGCCUGCGAAGAUUUCAGCAAUAUCAUUAAUAGCUUUGAUGAGUCCACCAUAUACAAAGGAACACUGUCCAGUGGAGUCGAGAUUGCGGUUGAUUCUACCAUUGUUACUUCUUCCAAAAAUUGGUCGAAGAACAUGGAGAUGGCCUAUCGGAAAAAGAUUGAUACUUUAUCUCGCGUUAACCAUAAGAACUUUACUAAUCUUAUUGGGUACUGUGACGAAGAAGAACCAUUCACUAGGAUAAUGGUAUUUGAGUAUGCUCCAAAUGGAAGCCUAUUCGAGCAUCUGCAUGUUAAGGAACUUGAACAUCUUGAUUGGAGUGCAAGGAUGAGGAUUAUAAUGGGCACUGCUUAUUGUCUUCAGUACAUGCACCAUGAUCUGAAUCCACCAGUAGCUCAUUCCAACCUUAAUUCAGCUUCUAUAUUAUUAACAGAUGACUUUGCCCCUAAGGUUUCAGAGAUCACUUUUGGCAAGAAUUUGUUAUCACCAGCCAACUCACCUGGACAUAAAUCAAGGAAAUCUGAGUUGCCACCCCACUCUGAUCCUGAAACCGAUGUCUAUAACUUUGGAAUAUUGUUGCUUGAAAUCCUUUCUGCCAAACUACCUUACUCUGAAGAACAAGGCCACCUUGUGAACUGGGCUGCUGAGUACUUGAAUGAUAAACGAAGCAUCAGCUAUUUGAUUGAUCCGACACUAAAGUCCUUCAAAGACAAUGAACUUGAUGUCAUCUGUGAGGUGAUUAAAGAUUGUCUUCAAUCUGAUCCAAGGUUAAGACCAACAAUAAAAGACACAACUUCCAAAUUGAGUGAAGUGCUUCGUAUAUCACCUGAGCAAGCUGUCCCAAGACUUUCUCCACUCUGGUGGGCUGAACUGGAGAUCUUGUCAGUAGAGGCCACUUAA